GAAAGUGACUGUACAAAUGCUAAGUAUAAAUGAUAGUCAUUGCUUUAAUAGUUUUUUUUUAGCACACAUUUCCACCUGCCCUCAUUUAUUUAUCGAUACAUUUCUUGGAUACAAUUUUUUUACAUGCUACGUAGUGAGAAUUUUGGGAAUUCUUGGUGAAAUAUUAAUUAGGUAGAGAACUUCUUAAUAAUCUGGAAAAUAUGUCUUAGCUUUGACCACAUACGAUGGAUGUGAGAUUAGAGGCUAUGAGAGGCUGUCUUAAUCUUUUCUGCAAAGUUCUGGACCUUGUAAUUUAUCAUAUUAGUUAUUACUUCUAAGUAUUGGACAGAUUAAAUAUGUAAUGGUAGUUAAACCAUUUUGCUCACUUGUUUCUGUCUUUAAAUGAAACAGUACUCAAUGGUAUUCUCACGUGAUCCCUUCUAGUUAGAAAGUUGUCCUGUGAAAUUUUGUUUCAGUUUCUGUUCAGCACAAGCUUACUUAUUUACCCAUGCUGCAGAGAAAAGAAAGGAGGCCUCAUUUGGGUUGAAGUAGUCCUUUUGGGGGGCAGAUGUGAGGUUUUUUUUUAGAGUUCCUGAGAACUCAUGAAGGAUGAUGGGGCCACUUCUCUAUGUAUUUAAAAUAAUGCUAAAAUAUAAAACCAUGUGGAAAUUAAGGUCAUAAAAUUGGAUUUUUCUCACUAUUAAAAUUUAAGUGCUUUUUUGGAAUAUAUCAAAUUCUUUGCAAAAAGUUGUUUUUUGUGGUGUUUUUGGUAUUCUUUAUUGGCACUUACUGAGUAGUAAUGAACUGAUUGUCAUAUACAUGCCAUUUUCCUUUUCUUAUAGUCAUGUCUAAUUUACCCUUUUAGAUUGUAAACUAUUGGAGGGAAGACUGUAUCUUCACUUUCUUUUUAGCCCUUAGCACUGUUGUCAAAUCAGAUAGUAGAUGCUGUUUUCUUGAACGCCAAAUAUCUCCCUGCCUUAUCUUGGAGUGAGUAGUGUUGCUUAAUAUAUAUUGAAUGAAUACAUGUAAAAAAAAAAAAUGGACCAGUAAGGUAGGAGACGUUUUCUGAAAUACCCUGUUUUUGUAAGAAAAAAAAACUUUGACAGUUGCUAAACCAAUAGGAAUAAACCCUCAAACUCAGUUGGAAAAGAGGUCAGGGUACUAUUUAUAAAUGCAAAGAGAGGAAACACUCACAGUAGGCUAUUCUGAAACAUCUGGUUGUUUGUCUAAAAAUAUGACAUACAUUCAGAGAAAUGGUGGAGUAUACAUUUAUACAAAAGUUUUACAAUUCUGCUUUUGUAGAAACUCUGUAAGAAUAAAUCAUCCUCUGAUAUCCCAAGAAUUAUGAUUCUACCUUAGGGAUCUCUCCAUUAGAAUUAAAAAAAAAAUUCUCAAAUCCUAGUGAAUUAACUUAAAAUCUGGAUGGACAGCUUGAAAGAAAAAAAAAAAACAGAAGUUAAGGAGAUUAUCAGGCGUUUAACUUUUGUGAUAUUAUCCAGAACACCUAAACCUAGGUAUCUCCUAUGCUACUGAUACGUUCUUUUACUAAGUCAGGGAAUUAGCACUUGUGGUUUUCACUGGAUGGAAAUUAAUAUUAAGUUUUAGUUUUUUUUAUUGUGUUUUUCAGAUUGCACUGUAAGUAAAAUAAUUAAAACACAGCUUAGAAAAUCCUUACUCCUUGAUCCAAGCUACAAAAUGAUUUUGCCUAGAGCGUACCUAUUUUCAGCUAAAAUCUCCAUUAUUCUCCAUCCAGAAGACACUAAUUAAAUGCUUGUUGCUUACCAGGCGCUGUUCUAAGAUCUUAAUGCAUAUGGGCUCAUUUCAUCCUCAAAAUAGCCCUGUGAGGUAGGCGCUAUUACUUUCCCUGCUUACAAAUGACAACAGUGAGGCUCAGGAAAAGAGAGGAAUUCUCCCAAGGCCUCGCAGGUAGCACAUGGCAGAGCUGGAAUCCCUGGCUUAAGCACAUAAAGCAGUCACUGUAAAGAAAAUAACAUUUUAAGAAACUUUUCUGUCACAAUUGAUAGAGGAAAAGCCAGCAGAGAAGUGCAUCUUCUUGUGUGUGUAUCUCAUCGUGCCACUUUUUGUAACUCAACUUAGUAAUGAAGCCACCAUUAUGUCCUCAGUCAGUGAAGUAAAUGUGGAUAUAAAAGAUUUCCUAAUGAGCAUUAAUUUGGAGCAGUAUCUCUUACAUUUCCAUGAGUCUGGUUUUACUACUGUGAAGGACUGUGCAGCAAUAAAUGACAGCCUGCUACAGAAAAUUGGAAUAUCGCCUACAGGUCACCGUAGGAGGAUACUUAAACAGUUACAGAUAAUCUUGUCAAAAAUGCAAGAUUUUCCAAUAUAUGCAAAUGUUCAUAAAACAAAGAAGAAUGAUGACCCUUCAAAGGAUCACAAUGUUCCAUCUUCUGAUCAGAAUAUCUGCGUAGAACUUUCCAGUUCUAGCAGUGUUCAGAUGCCUAGCCCACCGCAGUUGGAGACUGUUACAAAAAAACUUGAAGACGAUGCAAGUGUGGAAAGAAGCCGGUAUCCUCAAUCAGAUAAUAAGCUGUCUCCUCCUAAACGCGACUUCCCCACUGCAGAAGAACCACACCUGAAUUUGGGUUCUUUGAAUAAUUCUUUAUUUGGUAGUGAAAAUAUUAAAAUAGAAUCUUUGAUUACAAAGAAGACUAUGGAUCACAGAAUUGAAGAACAACAAACAGAAAAAGUUAAAUUGAUCUCAGAAAAUCUCAAUAAGCUCCCUAACGCAGACUCUGAAUGCCUUUCUUCUGUUGGCUGUUCAACAUCAGAAACGAAUUCUAGAAAUGGAACAAAUGGUUUAUUAGACGGAUCACCACCAUCCCCAUUCUUUAAGUUUCAAGGAGAAAUGAUUGUAAAUGACUUGUAUGUUCCAUCAUCACCAAUCCUAGCACCUAUGAGAAGUCGUAGCAAGUUGGUUUCAAGACCAUCUCGAUCUUUUCUGCUAAGACAUCGGCCUGUACCAGAGAUUCCAGGGUCAACAAAAGGAAUUUCUGGGAGCUAUUUUCGUGAAAGAAGAAAUGUUGCUACCUCAACUGAAAAAUCUGUGGCAUGGCAAAUUUCAAAUGAGGAGAAUUCAUCUUCCAUCUUUCCUUAUGGAGAGACCUUUCUCUUCCAGAGACUAGAAAAUUCCAAGAAGCGAUCUAUAAAGAAUGAAUUUUUGACCCAGGAAGAAGCACUCAAAGGGGAAGCAACUACUGCGACGAACUCUUUUAUCAUCAAAUCAAGCAUAUAUGAUAACAGAAAGGAGAAAAUAAGUGAGGACAAGGUGGAAGAUAUUUGGAUACCUCGAGAGGACAAAAACAAUUUUUUGAUAGACACUGCUUCUGAAUCAGAAUACUCAACAGUAGAAGAAUGCUUUCAGAGUUUAAGAAGAAAAAAUUCAAAGGCAUCUAAAUCUAGGACUCAAAAAGCAUUGACUUUGGACUCCGUUAAUAGGCACAGUUAUCCAUUAAGCUCAACAAGUGGAAAUGCUGAUUCAUCAGCUGUUUCUUCACAGGCAAUAUCUCCCUAUGCCUGCUUUUAUGGAGCAUCUGUAAAGAAGGUUAAAUCGGGAUGGCUGGAUAAGCUCUCUCCUCAAGGAAAACGCAUGUUUCAGAAGAGAUGGGUGAAAUUUGAUGGCCUUAGCAUUUCUUACUACAAUAAUGAGAAGGAGAUGUAUUCAAAAGGAAUAAUUCCCCUUUCUGCUAUAUCAACAGUACGAGUUCAAGGAGACAACAAAUUUGAAGUUGUUACAACACAAAGAACUUUUGUUUUUAGAGUAGAAAAAGAAGAGGAGAGAAAUGACUGGAUCAGCAUACUAUUAAAUGCACUGAAAUCACAAUCCCUUACCUCACAGUCUCAAGGCGUUGUUACACCUGAGAAAUGUGGAUAUCUUGAAUUGAGAGGCUAUAAGGCAAAAAUUUUUACUGUGUUAAGUGGAAACAGUGUGUGGCUUUGCAAAAACGAACAGGAUUUUAAGAGUGGACUUGGUAUUACCAUAAUUCCUAUGAAUGUAGCAAAUGUAAAACAAGUGGACCGAACUGUGAAACAGUCUUUUGAAAUAAUCACUCCCUAUAGGAGUUUCAGCUUUACAGCCGAGACUGAAAAAGAGAAACAAGACUGGAUUGAAGCUGUGCAGCAAUCAAUAGCAGAAACUCUCUCUGAUUAUGAAGUAGCUGAGAAGAUUUGGUUCAAUGAAUCCAACAGAAGCUGUGCAGAUUGUAAAGCCCCGGAUCCUGACUGGGCAUCCAUCAAUCUCUGUGUUGUCAUCUGUAAGAAGUGUGCAGGCCAGCAUAGAUCUUUGGGACCAAAAGAUUCCAAGGUUAGAAGUCUAAAAAUGGAUGCUAGCAUUUGGAGCAAUGAACUCAUCGAGCUUUUUAUUGUCAUUGGAAACAAAAGAGCAAAUGACUUUUGGGCUGGUAAUCUUCAAAAGGAUGAAGAAUUACAUAUGGACUCACCAGUAGAAAAGAGAAAAAACUUUAUUACUCAGAAAUAUAAAGAAGGAAAAUUCAGAAAAACCCUUUUGGCAUCUCUCACUAAAGAAGAAUUAAAUAAGGCUCUGUGUGCUGCUGUAGUGAAACCAGAUGUUCUAGAAACAAUGGCUUUGCUGUUCAGUGGAGCAGAUGUCAUGUGUGCCACUGGAGACCCCGUGCAUAGCACCCCCUAUCUGCUAGCCAAGAAGGCUGGGCAGAGUCUGCAAAUGGAAUUUCUCUACCAUAACAAAUUCUCAGAUUUCCCUCAACACGAUAUUCAUUCCGAAGGUGUAUUAAGUCAAGAGUCUUCCCAGUCCACAUUCCUCUGCGACUUUUUGUAUCAAGCUCCUUCUGCUGCUUCUAAACUGUCUUCAGAGAAAAAACUGCUUGAAGAGACAAAUAAAAAAUGGUGUGUUUUGGAAGGAGGCUUCUUGAGUUACUAUGAAAGUGAUAAGUCUACCACACCUAAUGGCACCAUUAAUAUCAAUGAAGUUAUCUGCCUGGCUAUACACAAAGAGGACUUCUAUUUAAAUACUGGGCCCAUCUUUAUCUUUGAGAUCUACCUACCCUCAGAACGUGUGUUUUUAUUUGGAGCUGAAACAUCUCAAGCUCAAAGAAAAUGGACAGAGGCAAUAGCCAAGCAUUUUGUUCCCUUAUUUGCUGAAAACUUAACAGAAGCUGACUAUGAUUUGAUUGGUCAACUCUUCUACAAAGACUGCCAUGCCCUGGAUCAGUGGAGAAAAGGCUGGUUUGCUAUGGACAAAUCCAGUUUGCAUUUUUGCCUUCAAAUGCAAGAAGUUCAGGGAGAUAGAAUGCACUUAAGAAGACUGCAGGAGCUAACAAUCAGCACAGUGGUUCAAAAUGGGGAAAAACUGGAUGUCUUACUCUUGGUAGAAAAAGGGAGAACAUUAUACAUCCAUGGGCAUACCAAGUUGGAUUUCACAGUCUGGCAUACUGCAAUUGAAAAAGCAGCAGGUACAGAUGGUAAUGCUUUACAAGAUCAGCAGCUCAGCAAAAAUGACGUUCCCAUUAUAGUGAACAGCUGUAUAGCAUUUGUUACACAGUAUGGUUUAGGAUGUAAAUAUAUCUAUCAGAAGAAUGGUGAUCCUUUGCAUAUAAGUGAACUCCUGGAGAGUUUCAAAAAGGAUGCAAGAAGCUUUAAAUUGAGGGCUGGAAAACAUCAGCUUGAAGAUGUGACGGGUGUGUUGAAAAGUUUUCUCUCUGACAUUGAUGAUGCACUGCUUACCAAGGAGCUCUACCCAUACUGGAUCUCUGCUUUAGAUGCGCAAGAUGACAAGGAAAGAAUUAAAAAAUAUGGAGCAUUUAUACGUUCUCUUCCAGGGGUCAACCGAGCAACAUUAGCAGCUAUCAUUGAACACCUGUAUAGGGUUCAGAAAUGCUCAGAAAUCAAUCACAUGAAUGCCCAUAAUUUGGCCUUGGUCUUUUCAUCCUGUUUGUUUCAAACGAAAGGACAAACUAGUGAAGAAGUGAAUGUAAUUGAGGACCUAAUUAAUAAUUAUGUAGAAAUAUUUGAGGUUAAAGAAGAUCAAGUCAAACAAAUGGACAUAGAAAAUAGCUUUAUUACCAAGUGGAAAGACACCCAAGUUUCCCAGGCUGGAGAUUUGUUAAUUGAAGUAUAUGUAGAAAGGAAGGAACCUGACUGUAGUAUUAUAAUUCGGAUAUCUCCUGUGAUGGAAGCAGAAGAAUUAACUAAUGAUAUAUUAGCAAUAAAAAAUAUUAUUCCUACAAAAGGUGAUAUUUGGGCCACAUUUGAAGUCAUUGAAAAUGAAGAGCUAGAGCGUCCUCUUCACUACAAGGAAAAUGUACUGGAGCAAGUGCUUCGGUGGAGUUCAUUAGCUGAACCUGGCUCUGCUUACCUGGUGGUGAAGAAAUUCUUAACUGCUGACACAAUUAAACACUGCAGUGACCGGAGUACAUUGGGAAGCAUCAAAGAAGGAAUCUUGAAAAUCAAAGAAGAACCAUCCAAAAUACUAUCUGGAAAUAAGUUUCAAGACCGGUAUUUUGUUUUACGAGAUGGGUUUCUCUUUCUUUACAAGGAUGUGAAGAGUAGUAAACAUGACAAAAUGUUUUCUCUCAGUUCCGUGAAGUUUUAUCGUGGAGUGAAAAAGAAAAUGAAGCCUCCAACAAGUUGGGGAUUGACUGCAUAUUCUGAGAAACAUCACUGGCACCUGUGUUGUGAUAGUUCACGAACUCAGACGGAGUGGAUGACCAGUAUCUUUAUUGCCCAGCAUGAAAAUGAUAUAUGGCCACCAGCUGGAAAGGAACGAAAACGUUCAAUAACCAAAAAUCCCAAAAUUGGAGGUUUGCCUCUGAUUCCAAUACAGCAUGAGGGGAAUGCAACCCUGGCCCGGAAAAAUAUCGAGAGUGCAAGAGCAGAACUUGAAAGGCUGCGGCUCAUUGAAAAGUGUGAUAAAGAGUCCGUGGACUCGAGCUUAAAGGAGAGAGCUUCCAUGGUGGCCCACUGCCUGGAGCACAAGGACGAUAAACUUCGAAAUCGAACCCGAAAACAUCGGAGUUUCAACUGCCUGGAGGACACAGAGCCUGAAGCCCUACUCGGGCAACCAAAAGGCCAUAAAGGACUAAAGACAUUGAGGAAGACUGAGGACAGGAAUAGCAAGGCUACUUUGGACUCUGAUCAUAAGUUACCAUCCAGGGUAAUUGAAGAACUUAAUGUGGUUCUACAGCGGUCAAGAACCCUUCCAAGAGAAUUACAGGAUGAGCAGAUUUUGAAGUAGCAAAUAAAAUGAAUUGCUCCCCAGAUUAUUUUUUUAAUUAUUGUAUGCAAUCUUUAUGUGUAAAUCUGAAACUGAACUAUAAGAUAAUUCAUAAGAAUUUGCCUAUUGAUAGGCAAAUUUGUCUAUCUAUACUUAGGCAUUUAAGGAGCAUUUAAAAAUAUGUAUAUAUGUGAUUAAGUGUAAGAAUAACUUUAUUUUGGUCUGAACAAAGCUUGUAAAGUUCCAUUGUACUAACUUUGUGUAAGAAGACAAUGGGUUACUUAGGUGGUCAGCCCUUUUAAAGUAGUUAUCUGUUAGUGGUAUAAUUUAUGAGCAGAAAUCUCAAACUGUACUGUAUUGUAUAAAAUGCUGUGUUUAAAUGAAGUCUAAGAAACUAUCUGUAACAUAUUUUGCACUUUGAGAAACCUUGUAUAUUAAAUUACCAUAUGUUUUUAGGUUUACAGAGGGUCUACCUUAGGGAAAAGAAGGGAAGUAAAUUGAAAAAGGGGGGAGAAUGUAUUCUAGUGGUUGCCUAAAAAACACUGGAGCUUUUAAAAGAAGCAAGGAGUUAAAUGUCCUGCAAAACAAGGAAGUGAGCUAAGAUUCAUUCAAGUUCACUAAUGACCAGAACUUGUCAAUGAGAAGCCACUUGUUAAGAAAAAAGUCUAGUGUUUAUUUCCCAAGAGUAAUAUUCGGCCAACAGAUGUAAAUAAUAGCACUAGCCACUCUUAUUAAUAUUUAUAGUGUUAGAAAAUCAGCCACAUUAUAGAUUCACUACGUUUGAGCUCAUUGUUGGUGGCUGCUAAGAGGAAACUUACACUGCAUUGGAGAGGUUGUGUACACAGGACCUGGCCUGGAUGCUGAUUUCACUGUCGUUGUAUGCAAGCUUUUUUUUUUUUUUUUUUUUUUUUAAGAAUUUCUGACUAUACUUUUGGUAGGAACAAAAUUCAUCACCGCAAGGUCCUGCUGUUCUGUUUGAUUUUUACAAGUUUUAUUAUUAUUUUAAGUAAGAUUAUAAUGUUUUUCUUUGAAUUCUCAGAAAUAACUGGAAGAAUACAAUAUUAUGGCCAUUAUGGAGCCGGGGGUAGUUGGUGGUUUACUGUACAUUUGGGGCUACUUGUUCACAUUUAAUCUAGGUGUUUUUUGUUUUUUGUUUUUUGUUUUUAAAUAAACGAGUGGUCUCUUCCCUGUACUUGUGAAUAAGGACAAAGCCCUAUUUUUGUUUCCACAUAAAGAUCAGCUACUGAAUUGGUGAUUUUCCUGACAGACAAUACUAUCUAAUCAUAGUUCAUGUUAGGGGAAGCAUUUUUCAUCAGUUUCUUUAAAAUUGGAUUAUGUUUGCUGAGUUUUGAUAUUUAACAUUAUUUUAUGUAGCUAAGCCUUUUUUUUUUUUUUUUUAGCAUUUCUUUUUUAUUCUUCAAUCUAUAUACACAGGCCCAUACUUCAGUCAGUCCAAUCAUAGUACAGUGAUGUGGUGGUAAAUGCUAUGAAUUUCUUCAUUGUAAAAUACAGAUCAUUUGUAUUUUGGGGUGAUAAAAUAGUUCACCAUUGGUAUGAGAUAUUUAUUCUUUAAAUCAAAGUAAAUUAGAAUUUUUAAAAAGCACAAAACUGCAGGACAGUUUAUGAAAUAGGUAGCACUAUUAGGGAAUCUUCCUUUAAGGCAAGAAAUCAUGUUAUUUAGAAAGAAAAACUGAUCUUAAACAUACUAUUUCUAAUAAAUAUUUAUAUUUUUAUGAAAUAAAAGGUAUGUGGAAAUUAAUGUUUGGUGAUGUUGGACAGUGGAAAAGUAUCUAGAGUUUUUACCUGCCUUAUCUGAAUUUUUCUUGAAACUUACUCUAAUAGCUGUUUCCCUUUCUAUUCUGAACAAUUGUCUCCAUUUUUCAAGUGUAAGAUAAGGGCUAAUGAUGACAUCUCAUUUAUUUUGAGUAAACAUUAAAAUUGUUUUACAAGUCUACU